CUCGACGUCAUUUUCACCAAGUGAUUUGAUUGGCCAGUGAUUUGAGAGACCGUAUGAUAUAAACCGUAUGCGCCUCUCUGUGGAGCAUUUGGAGACUGGCACACGACAGUAUUGUGAAUUCCCUCUAAGUUGUUUAAAAUGGCAUUUGGAGUUUCUGAGUUUCUGACAGCAUCUGUGUUUUUCUUAAGCAUAUGCAAUGCACAAGAUAACUGUGCAGUCUAUGGUACAAUGGCUUUUACAUCUCCGACCAUCCCUGGAGCUAACCACACGGCAUGUUUUGAAGCCUGUGCAACAAAUCCUCAAUGCUACUACUACAAUUACAACGGUAUCUGCACACUUACACUCCUGUCGACUCGGCUCAACCCAGCGCUGAACGUGUUCACGGUGGGGUUCGUAAUCUGUCCCAAUGACCCUUCGCACUGUGUCGCAUCCACUGGUUAUACCGCAAUUGAUGACGUGUCCCCAGUAACCAAUCAAGAAUGCUUCAAUAAGUGUGCAUCGAAUUCGACAUGCGUUUACUAUCUUUAUAAUGCAGGCAAAUGCACAAAUAAACUGUUAACAGGUGAUGUGGUUGACACUAACUCUGAAAUAAAUACAGAAGCACUUAUUCGUUGCAAAAUGCCGGAGACAACUACACAAUCAAGUCUUACGACUUCAACAACAACCACCACAAGCAGAGGUAAAUUUGAUUUACGAAAUUAG